AUGUCGAAGAUCACAGUCGCUAAUGUCCGGACGCAAGUCGGAGAGCUCUUGGAGUACUCCAACGAGACCAAGAAGCGAAACUUCCUUGAGACCGUUGAGCUUCAGAUCGGCUUGAAGAACUAUGAUCCUCAGCGUGACAAGCGUUUCUCCGGCACCAUCCGCCUGCCCUCCAUUCCCCGACCCAACAUGUCUAUCUGCAUUCUCGGUGACCAGCACGAUAUCGAUCGUGCCAAGCACGGUGGUGUUGACGCCAUGUCCGCUGAUGACUUGAAGAAGCUCAACAAGAACAAGAAGCUCAUCAAGAAGCUUGCCCGCAAGUACGACGCCUUCGUCGCCUCCGAGGCCCUCAUCAAGCAGAUCCCCCGUCUCUUGGGUCCUGGUCUGUCCAAGGCCGGCAAGUUCCCCACUCCCGUCUCCCACGCCGACGACCUGACUGGCCGCAUCAACGAGGUCAAGUCCACCAUCAAGUUCCAGCUCAAGAAGGUUCUCUGCAUGGGUGUCGCCGUCGGCAACGUCGAGAUGACACAGGAGCAGCUUGUCGCCAACAUCAUGCUCGCCAUCAACUACCUCGUCUCUCUUCUCAAGAAGGGCUGGCAGAACGUUGGAAGCCUUACCAUCAAGGCUUCCAUGUCUCCCCCCAAGCGCCUGUACUAA